ACGUUAAAACACCCAAAGCUAAUGAAGCUAAUGAAGUCCCUAGAUGGCGUUCAAGAAAUAACUUCAGCGUAUGUAGACGAAGCUAUAGAGCGUCUAGAGAAAGAGGCCAAGGAGGGUGUUGUCCGCCCUGAGAGCGAGCAGAGUGUACUGGAAAAGCUGCUCAAGAUCGACAAAAAGGUGGCGACGGUUAUGGCCAUGGACAUUGCUAAUGGCCGGAGUGGAUACCACCUCAAGUACCUUUACAGCGGCCUUGCUGUGCCUUGCCAAGAAUCCGGAGAAGCAGGACGUACUCCGAGAAGAGGUAAUGAAGGUUCUACCCGAGAAGGACUCCGAAUUCACUGAGGCAUCGAUGAAGAACGUUCCCUAUCUACGUGCCUGCAUCAAAGAGUCACAACGGAUCUAUCCUUUGGUCAUCGGCAAUGGCCGAUUUCUCAAUCGGGACAGCGUUUUGAGCGGAUACCAAGUGCCAGCUGGUACCUGUGUGUCGAUGGUUCCCCUGAGCUUGCUAUCAAGCGAGGAGCACUUCCCCAAGGCUGCUGAGUUCCUGCCAGAACGUUGGAUUCGUAACGCACAGACUCCAACGGGCAAUGCCCGGCAAAUGACUUGA